CAGGUAUAUAAGAUGACGAUGACCUGAAUUUGUUUCUAAAAGAUUGAAAACUUUGAAUAUAACAACCAUUCCUGCGAUAUUCUGAGAUCCUGCAUAAAGUACAACAAUGCCUCCUCCCGGUGUGUGUAUGAGUAUAAUGCAGGAGCGCCACAAGAAAGAGGGUGUUGGGAGUCUUGCCAACCCAGAGAAACACAGCAACCAAGACUUUCAGCAGCUGACGCAAUACUGUGUGGCCAGGGGAGUGAGGUACAUCGAUGAGAUGUUCCCCCCAGACCAGAACUCCAUUGGUGAUGGGCUCCUUUCCCCUGAUGACAUGAGCAGAGUGGUGUGGUUGAGACCAGCGAAAAUGGUACAGUAUCCAGAUUUUAUUGUUGAUGGACUUUCAAGGUUUGACUUUGGGCAAGGAAUGGUUGGAGAUUGCUGGUUUCUUGCUUCCAUUGGGGCUUUGACAUUCCAGGAGCACAUCCUGGAACAAGUAGUGCCCCUAAAGCAAAGCUUUACAGAGGAUUACUGCGGAAUAUUCCACUUCAGGUUCUGGAGAUUUGGGAGGUGGGUGGACGUUGUGAUCGAUGACAAGCUACCAACAGUUGACGGCAGGCUCGUUUUCGUUCAUUCAAAAACUCCCAAUGAGUUUUGGCCCGCCUUGCUGGAGAAAGCCUAUGCCAAGGUGUGUGGCUCCUAUGUAGACAUGAAUGCAGGGACCCUUUCAGAGGCUAUGAUGGACUUCACUGGAGGGGUUCACAUCACUGUCAAGCUCACUGAUGCUCCACCAAAUCUGUGGGACCUGCUGUUCAGAGCUGCCAAGUCAAAAUCGCUGAUUGGGUGUGGCACACCUCAAGGGGAAACGUCAGCGAACACGGUGGCACCCAACGGAUUAGUGAGAGGUCAUGCCUACACCGUCACAGGAGUUAAACAGGUCAUGAGCCAAGGCAUGGUAGUGAAUCUGAUCCGCCUCUUCAACCCCUGGGGCCGGGGAGAGUGGAAGGGAGACUGGAGCGAUAAGUCUUCCAUGUGGCAAACAGUGAGUCCUGACGAUCGGAAGAUGUGUCUGUCAGUGGAAGAGGAUGGGGAAUUCUGGAUGACAAUGAAACAUUUCUGUGAGCACUUCGCAGACGUGGAUAUCUGUUGUCUGUGCCCUGAUUUUCUCGAUGGCAACUCCACUUGUCAUUGGACCCCCUCAUUCCACGAUGGCAGAUGGGUUGCAGGAACCACUGCUGGUGGUUGCCUGAAUUUCCCAAACAGUUUCUGGACAAAUCCCCAGUAUCGAGUGAAGAUUGGGGGAUUGAGCGGGAACUGCUCUGAGACACAGGGGGACAACAAUAUGUUGGUGUCUCUGAUGCAAAAGCCUGACAAAAGAAACAGACGCCUGGUCAAAAGUCUCCACAUCGGCUUCUCCAUCUUUGAGGUGCCUGACCAAUUCAAAGGACAGAGUGGGAAGUUUUCUGCCUCCUUCUUCAGCAACAAUGUGCCUGUCUCCCAAUCGAAGAACUACAUGAACGCUCGGGAAGUGAUGGAGUUCUUCAGGCUGAAACCUGGUGAAUACCUGAUCGUGCCGUCAACUUUCAAACCAAAUGAAACCGCCUCCUUCAUCCUGUCCAUCCUCUCCAAGGCAGAGACACACAUCCAUGAAAACUCAAAUGACCAAGAUAUGGAGGAUAUCUUGUUUUCCCCGAAAACCCCAAAGCCCACAUCUACAGACACAUUUGAAUUCAACGGAGGAGAACUGGAUGACAAAAGAACUCUGUUUCAGAAGUAUUCCGAUGAGUUUGAGGUGGUGAAUGCUGAACAGCUUCAGAGCUGUCUGAAUGAAAAUCUGAUCCAAGGAAAUACAAAGAAAACACAAGGCUUCAGCUUGGAGUCCUGUCGCAGCAUGGUGGCAUUAAUGGAUACAUCAAUCACUGGAAAACUGAACGUUGCUGAAUUUCUACGUCUAUGGAGAAAAGUUACCGUGUACAAGGACAUCUUCUUCCGCACAGAUGUAGACCGUUCUGGAAUGUUGUCGUUGAGUGAACUGAGGAACGCAAUCAUGGCUUCAGGGAUCAGGGUGGGUGAUGACAUGUUAAACCUGAUGGCUCUGCGCUACGGUGGAUCUUCUGGAAACAUCAGCCUGGAGAGUUUCAUCAGCCUCGUUCUACGCAUGAAUUGCAUGUCCAACAUUUUCCGACAACUCAAUGAUGGAGGGGUCAUAUCUCUUCAAGAGAAUGAGUGGAUGUACAUCUCUAUGUAUACAUAAACUGCAGACCAACUUGGACGGACAGAAGACUGGCAGUUGGAAUCGUGAGAUGCGUGCUAAGGUGGUACUUUGCUGGACAAACCAUUCCUUUGUGCUGCAGCAGUUUCAGGGGGAUUUGUUGCACUUUUGAGAUGUGAAGCUCCUGCAGUUCAAACAGAGCACUCAAGAUCGGGUGCUUAGUAAGUGACUGUACUCUUGAAAUUGAUGCGUUCAAUAGGCUUUAAAACAUAAUGGGUUACAUUCUGGUACACAUCUGGUACAUUAUAUUUUAUAUUUGCUAAUGUGGUAGUUUGUGUUUUUGUUUCUUGGUAUACUGUAAGGGUUAUUAAGGUCCUAACUGUAUAUGUGUAGAGCAGUGGUCUCCAUCUCUAAUAGUU